AUGGAUCAGUAUCUUCUGAUUUCUCUGGAUUCAUCAUCUGAUUCGAUAAUUGAUGUUUUAAAACAAUUUCAACAUGUCUUUACUUCCAUACAACACUUCGUUGAAGCAAAUACUUGCAUAGACUUUAUAACGAAUUUAAAAAGUGGAAAGUGUUUCCUCAUCAUCUCAUUUGAACAUAUUCAAAUCAUACCAUUGAUCAAUCAUAUACCACAAAUUCAUUCCAUUUACAUUCUCUUUAAGAAUGAGGGCGAAAGAUCAGAUGAAGAUCCAUUACAAUAUGAAAAAGUUCAAAGUUUAUCUAUGACCAUUGAUCAGCUAAUUACACAAAUAAAACGUGAUACUGAGCAUUUGGUACGAAAUCGUGUAACAAUCAACAGUUUACCAAAUGGUAAUAUCGGAUCAUUUAGUAAGAGUGGGCAGAACGCUGAAAAUAAUGUUCAAGAAGCAACUUUUAUGUAUUCACAAAUUCUACGUAAUAUUUUCGUCCAAGAAAACUAUACGGAAACAGAUAAGAAUGAAAUGAUUGAUUUCUUUCGUCAACAGUAUCAUGAUAAUCCAAGUGAAUUAGGAAAGAUCACUCGAUUUCAGCAUGAUUACACAGCUGACCGUGCUAUCUAUUGGUAUACGAUGGAUGGAUUUCUUUAUCGUACGAUUAAUAGGGCAUUGAGAACACAAGACAUUUUAACUCUUUAUCACUUACGUUAUUUCAUCAAAGAUUUACAUUUACAACUGAAGGCACGUCACGCAGAUUUUUGUUCGAUUUUAUCACAUGAAAAUUUGACGGUCUAUCGAGGAGUUGGAUUGCCGAUUGAUGAAUUCGAAAAGCUAAAGCCAGGUUAUCUGGUAUCAUUUAGUGAAUUCCUAUCGACAAGUAGGAGACAAGCUUUGGCAGAAGUCUAUGUCCGCAACGAUGGUGACAAUAUGCAAGCGAUUUUAUUUGAAAUUGAGCUCAAUUGUGCCAUUCAAACAUCAACGCCCUUCGCGGAUAUAUCUGAACAGAGUCAAUUCAAUAUUGAACAGGAGAUUCUUUUUUCUAUGGGUAGCGUUUUUCGAAUUGAAAGUAUAUGCCAAACGCCAGAAACACGUUGGGAUAUAAAACUCUCUCAAACAUCAGAUGAAGAUCAACAAUUGAAAUUGUUACAUCAUUGGUUAGAUCAAGCGAUAUUUCAAGUUCAACAUUUUCACUCGAAAUUAAGUUCACUGAUGUUGUUUAUCUCUGAUUAUGACAAGGCUGAAUAUUUCUUGCGAAAAACCAUGGCUCAACCAAGUUUUAGCACGUGCACAGAAAGCAUCGCGGCAACAUUGGCAAUAUUUGGUGAAAUUUACUUCCACCAAAACAAGCAUGAUCAAGCCAUGACCUUGUUUCAACAAACAGUUGAAUUAUUAGAAAAAGUUUCUGAUACAGAUGUAUCGUCCACUAUACAGCGAUGUUACACGGGUUUAAGUGAAAUUUAUUUAGAACAAGGCGAAUUGAUGAAAGCUUUGGAGUACAGUCAAAAAUCCCUUGAUACUAUCCGUUCCGACGAAUAUAUGAAGACUAUUGAUCUUUUACUAGCAACGCGUCAUAAUAAUAUUGGACAUAUCUAUUACAAACUGGGUCAUGUCAAACAAGCACUACAUUAUUUUCAAAAAGCGUUGGAUUAUACUCGUUCCCUUUUACCUAAUAUUCCACUACUAUCAAAAAUAUAUUGUAAUUUCGCAAUGACUUAUGAACUAUGUGGAGAUUAUUCAAAUGCAGAACUCUAUUGGCAUCAAGGACUUGAACAUCAUCUGAAAUCAUUGCCCAAUGAUACUGAUGCCACUGCUUAUCUCUUUCAAGCCGUAGCACUCAAUUUAAGUGACCACAAGAAAUAUCAUGAAUCCAUUGAUCUUCUUCAAAAAUCGUUGAUCGUUUGCAAAAGUCAAGGAACCAAAGCAUUGUGCUGUUGUUAUAAAAGCUUCGCAACGUCCUAUCAUGCUCUGGGCAAAUCUCAGUUAGCUGUAGAUUCUCUUCACAAAGCUAUUGAACUGGCACAAACUCUCACAGAUAUGAAUUUAAGUAUUAUUUAUGUAGAUAGUGGUAAUAUUCAUUAUAGCACGAAGCAAUAUGAAGAGGCGUUGAUAGCAUAUGAGAAAGCAUUGAAUUGUGCUCGACCAACUGCAAAACUGUCGAUACAAAUGAAGAUUUUUUUAACUUACACAAAUCUGAAAAAAUCGGACAUAGCAUUGCAAUAUUACGAGAAUCAUCUGCAAGAACACACGUUAGAGCUUGAUUCUGACGAUCGUAUUUUAAUGCAUUAUUAUAUUGGAGUGAAUUAUGAUAAUUUGAAAAACUAUGAUCAAGCAUUGAAAUAUUUUCAAAUAGCUCAAGAAGUGAUGUUGCCUGUGUCAAAAUACAGAUCAUUCAUUAUCGAUAUACUCGAAAGAAUGGGAGAUAUUCUAAUCAAACGAGAGCAAUGGUUAGAAGCAAAUAACAUCUUUAGAAAAUUAUUAACUUAUCAACCAUCAGCAAACGUGCAUCUAAACAUUGGCAUUAUUAACAUAAAGCAAAAUAAUUUUCAAGACGCGAUUCAAAGCCUACGAAUGGCACAGGAACUGGCCAAAAUGACUAGUGAUUCAUUUACAUUAGAAAUAGCCACCCGACAACUCAAUUUACUGAGUAGAACAGAAAGCUAA